CUUCAUGCGGUCACGGCCAUGAGUGAUGUGGAAGGAUACAACUCAUUUGGACUACCAAAGACCACCAUGGCUGGUUCAACACCUGCAAGACUGAAGAUGAUUUUAGGGGAGAACAACAUUGAAAAACUGACUCUUCCAAAUGGCAUCCCAGAGUCACUAGAUGACCUUCUCAGCACGAUAAAGACUACCUUUGGGUUAAAGGGUAACCUCAGACUGCAAUACAUGGACCGAGAUUUUGGCAACGACUUCUUCAAUCUGAGUUCUACCACUGAACUUCAGGAUUUGGGGACAAUCAAGGUGAUCCACCAGCAAACAAAUCCACCUUUGAUCAGUGACACUCAGUCCACUUCAUCUCUCUCUCUUUCAUUUGAGUCUGAUGACAGUGCUUCGUUGGCAUCAAAUGACACAAUUAUCCUCUCAUCCCCUGAGUCUGUGUCAUCGCGAACACAACAGUGGCCAGCGGAUUUUGCAAUUCCCCAAUUUUCCUAUGACACGGAGUUACAGCUAGAGAAGGGGAAUACUGAGUACCGUGUGAGCCAGAAAAUGUUGACUGUCAGCUCCCGAAUGCUGUCUGAUAUCCUGAAAAGAGUAGCAGAAGAAAUUUACCGUUACAAGGCCUACCCAGAGGAAGCACAUUUCUGCGCAGCUGCAGAGGCCCUAAUCAAAAAGCACCCGUGUUUAAAAGAACCUGGAUCAUUCAAUGGCAGCUACGGUUGGAAACAGCGACUGAAGUACAAAAUGGGAAACUACAGGACUCAGCUCAAAUUACAGGGGUGUCCAGAGCUGUGUGUAAACUCCUGA